GCCUGCAUUUGUUUCUUCCGCCCCCGACGCUGCAUCCGAAAGAGAGUGACUUCUUCGUACCUCCAGAGCGGAUGAUUUAUGAGAAGCAGUUCAAGAACGAGCGCUUCGAAAGCUUCAUGGAGGUGCUGCAAACUUUCCUGAUGGAAGCCGGCAUUGUCAAGCCACCUAUGCUGGCUUGUUUGGCAGUGGCCGGUGUUGUCGUGGACAACUCUGCCAGGUUCGUGAAUCUCGGCUGGGAGAUCAGCGGCCGAAAGAUUGAGGAGGCCAUGGGCAUCGGUCGCGUGGAGCUCAUCAACGAUUUCGCCGCCCAAGGCUAUGGCAUUCUUACCCUCAACAGAGAGAAGGACUGCGAUGUUCUUCAGAAGGCCACCGUGAAGGAAGGAGCUCCGAUUGCGGUGAUCGGUGCAGGAACUGGCCUAGGCGAGGCGUUCCUGGCCGUUGGUGCCGAAGGCGACUACGAGGUUUGGCCCUCCGAAGGAGGUCAUGCCGAAUAUGCGCCUCGACAGGAAGGGAGCAACUCGCUUGAGUCAGAGCUCCUGCAGUACCUGAUGAUCAAGUAUAGUGAGAAGGCUCGCGUCAGCGUGGAGCGUGUUGCUGCGGGGAGAGGCAUUGCGAACAUUUACGAGUUCCUGGCUUGGAAAUUUCCGGAGAAGGUCAACAAAGCAGUGCAUCGCAGCUUUAUUGGUCCCAUCGAAGGGCCCAGGACAUUCGACCCUGCUGCCAUCACGAAAGCGGCAACAGCCGGCAUCUGCGACUUGAGCAAGCAGGCGGUCGAUAUCUGGGCUGGCGCCUACGGCAGUGAGGCCGGCGUCGUAGCUCUUACGUACAUGCCCUUCGGCGGACUCUACCUCACUGGAGGAGUCACCUCCAAGAUGAAGGACUGGCUCAGCGGCAAAACCACUGGGCACAGCUCAUUUUUGGAGGUGAAGAGAACCUAG